AUGGAAACUACAUAUAAUUCUAAUGGUCCUUUAGAGGCUUAUCCUAUUGUUGAAUGGCCUAGAGUAUUGGAUAUUCCAUUAAGAGCUUCUGAAGAAUUAGUGAGUAUUGAUUUAGAAACAGAUUUGCCUGAGGAUUCUGCUGACCUGAAGACUCUUCUUGUAGAAGAGAGUUCAGAUAAAGAGCAUUGGUUGACUAUUGCUAUUGCGUAUUGUAAUCAAGGUCGCAUUGAGCAAGGUAUAAAAUUAGUUAAUAUAGCUUUAGAAGUCUUUGAAGGUUCCUUAAAAGCAUCAUUAUACACAUUUUUAUGUUGGGCCUAUUUAAGGUUGGCUAAAUCCACAAAAGAUACCUCUCAAAGAGAUAAAUAUUUACAACAAGCGGAAAAUGAAUUGAAAAAUGCUAUUGGGUUAGAUGCAUCUUGGAUAGGUAAUAUGUUAGCUACAGUAGAUCUAUACUAUCAGAAGGGUGAUUACGAUAAAGCUUUAGAGACAACUGAUAUUUUCAUUAAAAGUACACAAGCUAAGGAACGCAGACUAGGAGGGCCUCCAAGGAUUAAUUGUAUGUUUCUUUUAACAAGAGCUAAGUUACUUUAUCAAAAGAAAAAUUAUGUAGCUAGUUUACAUUCCUUUCAAGAAUUAUUAGUAUCAAAUCCAAUGUUUAAACCAGACCCUCGUAUUGGUAUCGGAUUGUGCUUUUGGAAAUUGAAAGAUUUUAAAAUGGCAAUUCAAUCUUGGCAAAGAGCAUACGACCUGAACCCAAAGAAUAAGAACCUUUCUAUAUUGGUGCUUUUAGGUAAAUUUCAUGAGACUAUUGUCAAUUCAGAAAGUGAUAUGGCUUUUAAAGAAAGUUUUACACAAGCAUUAAGUGAACUUAAUACUCUCUUAGAGUCUGAUAAAGAUUCACCAGUGCUAUUGUCCCUUUUACAACAAUAUUAUUAUUUUCAAAAAGAUUAUACCCGUGUAAUUAGAAUAUAUGAAUCAAAAAUUGAGCCAAAAAGACAAGUGAUUGAUUCACUUAUCUUUUCCGAAUCUACAUUUUGGUGUGCAAGGGCAUAUUAUGCAAUGGAGGAUUAUCGUAAAUCUUUUCUUUUAUUUAAUGAAAGUCUGAAGAUGAAUGAAGAUAACCUAUUAGCAAAAAUCGGGGUUGGCCAAUCACAAAUUAAAACUAAUUUAGUAGAAGAAAGUAUAAUAAAGUUCGAGAAUAUUUAUAAAGGUAACGAAAAUAUUCAAGAACUGAAUUAUAUUCUAGGUUUGCUUUAUUCAAACAAAGUGUUUAAACAAACAGAUCAAAAAAUGAAUCGUGGUAAAGAAUUUAAUUCUUUAGUUACUAAGGCACUACAAUUUUUGGAAAGAUACGUAAACUUGACAUUGGCCAAGAAAAAUCAGUUAGUUAUCCCCAAGGCGUAUUUAGUUAUAUCACAAUUAUAUGAAUUGCAAAAUCAUUAUAAGAAAUCGUUAGAGUAUUUGUCUAAAGUUAGCGAACAAACAUUGUUUGUUAAUAAUUCUGAGGAAAGCAAGAUUCCAAUUGAAAUUUUAAAUAAUUUAGGCUGCUUCCAUUUCAUUAUAGGAGAAUCUGAAAAAGCUAAGGAUUAUUUUACUAAAAGUAAAUCUUUAUUAUCUAGCAAUGUUGUCGAAGAUGGUGUAUAUGCCAAUUCACUAAAUAUUACAACUGAUUUCAAUAUUGCAAGAAUCACAGAAGAGACCAGUCCAAAGGAUGCAGAAAUACUUUAUUCAUCUAUUAUCAAAGAGCAUCCAAGUUAUAUUGGAGCAAAAGUGAAAUAUCUUUUCUGUAAGUUUAUUACUACUAAGGAAUCAAAUACAGAUGAGACUUUAAUGAAAGAUAUUGAAAAUUUGGUUUCUAAAUAUCAAAGUAAUUUGGAAGUUAGAUCAUUUUAUACUUGGUUUUUAAACAACGAUGAAUCAAGAUCUAAAAAGACCUUAAAUACACUAUUAACUGAACACAAUAAGGAAACUUUGACUAAGUAUGAUUCUCAUGAUUUAUAUGCAUUAAUAUCAUUAGCCAAUCUAUAUUUGAUUAUUGCACGCGAUUUGAAAAAGACACAGUCUCCCAAAGAUAUGGAUAAGUCAAAGCAAUCUUUAUUAAAGGCAAUUCAACUAUAUCAAAAGGUUUUACAAAUUGAUCCAUUAAAUUGUUAUGCAGCACAGGGAAUUGCCAUUUGCUUUGCUCAAAGUAAAAGAUUAGGUCCAGCAUUAGAGGUAUUAAGAAAGGUUAGAGAUUCCAUAAAUAACGCUAAUGUUCAUAUCAAUCUAUCAAAUUGUUUGUUAGAAAUGAAUGAAUAUUCAAAAGCUAUUGAAAAUUAUGAAAUUGUAUUAAAGAAAUAUCCAGAUAUUAAGCUUAAAUCAUACAUAUUAAAUCUUUUAGGUAAAGCCUGGUAUCAAAGAGGGUUAAAAGAGCAUAAUAUUGAAUGGUUUAUGAAAUCAUUGGCAAAAGUUAAGGAAUCAAUAAAAUCUAUGAAUAUCAAUGAAAGAAGCGCUAAAUUAUUAAGUGAAUUGAAAUUUAAUUGUGCACUUUUACAGUUUCAAAUAGCUGAAACAUUGAGAAGAUCAAAUAUUAAAACACGUAAAGUAGAAGAUAUUAAAUUUGUAUUAAACGAAUUGAAUGAUGCUAUUGUAAUUUUAAAGGAGUUGAAAGAAAAUGAAUCUUUUAAGGUUGUAUCAAAGGACGAAGUAGAACAAAGAAUUCAAUUGGGUGAGACUACCAUGAAGAGUUCUUUAGAACGUUGUCUAGCUGAACAAAUAAAAUAUGAUGAAGAUAUUAAACACAAAUUAGAAGAAGCUAAAAGACAAGCGGAAUUGAAAGAAGAAGAAGAAAGACAAAGAUUAGCUAAGCUUGAAGAAGAGAGGUCCAAGGAAGAAGCAAGAAAAGCAGAAGAAUAUAAGAGAUUGCAAGAAGAAGCCAAAAAAUAUGUUCAAGAACGUGCAGUGUAUGAAGAGAAAGAAGAAGUUGGAGAGAGUGAUGUGGACAGUGACUUCAAUGAAAGUGAGGGAGGUGAAAAUGAAGGUGAAAAAAAAAAGAGAAAGAGAAAGAGAAGAAGUGCCAAUACCAAGAAGAAAAUUAAUAAAAAGGAUAGAGAGAGCGACAGUGAGGAUCUGGACAUAGAUAAUGAUUAUGAUAAUGGUGACAGUGAUGAAGAGAUUAAGACUAAGAGAGCAAAGUUACAAAAGAAGAACUCUGAUCCUUCUAAAGAUUUUAUUGAUGAUAGUGAUGAAGAAGCACAAUUCUCUAAUGAUGACGAUGACGAUGAUGGGCUAUUUUAA